AUGUUAUUAAUAUUUUCAGUCACCUCUCGUCAUCAUGGUACAGGUCCAGUCAAGUAUACUUGGAACUCUCAUGGUAACUACGUCGCAUCUUCAGGAACAUCUCGUGUUGUUCAUAUUUUCAAUCGACGUGGGAAACUCGUAGACCAAAUUGUUCCACCGUCUCCGAGUCCAUGUACAUUGCUCGAGUGGAGUGAAAAUGGCGACAUUCUCGCUAUCGUGCAAGCUCAUUCAUCGUCGCUCGUACUAUGGGAAUGGAAGAAAAUUCAACACCAUCAACUUGUGGACUUACCGUGCAACGACAUUACAUUGAUCAGAUGGUCCAAGUCGUCACAUUCAUGGAUGUUGGCAAUUGGGACUAAUCGAGGACAAGUUUAUAUUUAUUACCACGUUACUGGGACCACGAUACAAGUCGUGAGUAAACAUAAACGCCGUAUUUUGUGUGGAGACUGGAAUUUUCAAGACAAGUUUGCGUUUGGAUCGGAAGAUCAACAGAUUACAAUCUGCUUGUCGUCGGGACAAAUUGUUGACCAAGUGAAGAUUAAAGCAUCACCAGAAAACAUUACGUUUGGUGGCAAAACACCGGGCCAAGAUGCUAUUCUAUCGGUGAAUAUGGGUGGAAAAACAAUUUUGCUAUACGACUUGAAUGCACGAGAAAACGCGCUCGAGUUAGCUUUCCAGACGCAAUACGGCAACAUUGUGUCGUAUCAGUGGUUUGGCAACGGGUACAUUCUUCUGGGGUUCUCAUCGGGCUAUGUGGUGGUUAUUUCCACGCAGUCUAACAAGAUUGGUCAAGAACAGUACUGUGCCAAAUUCUAUGAACACUCACUUCGCGAGAUUGUGUAUAACGAAGCAAAUGGCAUGGUGGCAACUUGUGGAGAUAACUGCAUCAAGGUAGUGCGAAUGAGCGACUGGAAAGAAAUUGCGGUGAAGUACGUGGACAGCGAGCCAGCUCCGUCUUCAAAUGCUGGCGCUACUGCCUCUGGAGUCGCAGGAUCACUACUUACGUCCUCACCGUCUAUGAUUGCCGAUAAAUCAGGAAUCAGUUCGGGUAGUGGAUCAGCGCACGCGCCGUUGUUGCUUAUCGAAGAUCUCCAGUGGACUCCUGACGGGCGCGUUUUGAGUGUUAGCUCGCACAAUGGCUGUCUGCACAAUUUCCUGAUUCCUAGCUCUGCACUACGGUCUUCCUUGUUUGACCUUGACUCGCCGUUAGCUACUGUAUUGAAACCCAUUGCCCCUUGGACAAUGCUUUUCACUAUGAGCUUCAUGGCAUUUGCCGUGUUGCUUGUGAUCAGUGUACGAUUUGAAGUGUCAUGUAUGGACGUUAUCAGCGCGAUGACCGGCUUUGUUAAAGGCGUAUGA